AUGGGCGGCAUGGGCGGUAUGGGGAUGAUGGGCAUGAAUCCGAUGAUGAUGGGCGGCAUGGGGAUGGGCGGUAUGGGAAUGGGUGGAUAUGGCAUGCUCGGCGGCGGGCUAGGUAGCGGCGCAUACGGUAUGCCACGCUAUCCUGCCGGCGGACUGUUCGGUGACUACGGGAUGGGGAUGGGCGCGCUGCCCGGCGGGAUGAUGGGUGGACUGGGGACGAUGCAGCAGGGGUACGGGAUGGGAUUGACGGCGGGGAUGCCAUUUGGCUUCUAG